UUUGAGUCGGACCAAAGUGGACCAAAACGAACCAAAUGCCCUAUUGACUCGAUCUUUGAUCAUAAGAUAUAUUUCACUAUUGAGUCGUGGUUCCCCUAAAUUUGGCAUGAUUUGGUUCGGAGUUAGCACUCAUUAAUGUAUAUUUAUGACUUAAUCACUAAUCAUAAAAAUUAUUAUUUUACUAACCACACUCAAUAUUGUGUGACUCGUAUGAUUAACCACAAUAUUUAAGAAUUUCAUCCACAAACUACAAAUCAAACUUCCACCCUAAUUCCAGCCAUAGCUCCUUUGAGACGAAACUAUUCACCUAAGGGUAAAAACUAAAAAGUUAAAACAAACCAAGAGUGACAGAAUAUUCUACAGAGUAUACAGACUAAUGUAUUAGGAGACAAGAAACGGCGUCGUCUAAGAGCAUGUUCGAGAAUCGCGAUUCGGUGGCCCGAGUUCCAAAGGCGCGAGUCGUCACCGGCAGACCGCUGACGGAAUGUCACAAAUUCCGGACAAAGCAAAGGCGAAAAACAGAACGAGGCCAGGCGGGGGGAAAACCGCGAAAAUGUCCGACCGUUUCUUUCCCAAUCAAUUCCCGGACUACGUACCACCAUCAGAAGCAGCUGUGGCGGGAGAAGAAGCUUCCUUUUCCAGAGGGGAGGACUCCAUCACCAUGCUGCUCUCUCUUCCGCACCCAGCCCUCUCUGAAAGACUCAAGCGAUCAGCCUUAGACCUCAAAGAUUCUUUAGUGAGGGAAACUUGGGAAUUGAGUGGAAGGCGUGUCAAAGAUCACACUUUGUACACGGGUGUGUUAGGGACUGCUUACCUACUGUUUAAGGCUUACCAAGCUACCAACAACUCCAAUGAUCUUAAGUUAUGCUCUCAGAUUAUUGAGGCCUGUGACUCUGCCUCUGCUGAUUCAAGCCGUGUGACAUUUAUAUGUGGGCGAGCUGGUGUUUGUGCUCUUGGUGCUGUCACUGCAAAACAUGCUGGUGAUGAGAGGCUGUUGAACCAUUACCUUACACAGUUCAAACAGAUCAGACUUCCUACUGAUUUGCCAUACGAGCUACUGUAUGGGAGAGCUGGCUACUUGUGGGCAUGUUCAUUUAUAAACCGGCAUAUCGGUGGAGAAACAAUAUCUGCCAGCCGCAUGAGGGCAGUUGUCGAUGAGAUCAUUAUGGGCGGGAGAAGAAUGGCUCAAAAGCGGUGUCCUUUGAUGUAUGAGUGGCAUGGAAAGAAGUACUGGGGUGCUGCCCAUGGGGUGGCUGGGAUCAUGCACGUGCUAAUGGAUAUGCAACUGAAACAAGAUGAAAUAGAGGAUGUCAAGUCCACACUACGUUACAUGAUCAUGAAUCGUUUCCCCAGUGGUAACUACCCGUCGAGUCAAGGAAGUAACUCUGACCGUCUCGUACAUUGGUGUCAUGGUGCCCCUGGAGUUGCCCUUACCUUUGUCAAGGCAGCUGAGGUGUUUGGGGACCAGGAGUUUGUGCAAGCUGCAAUCGAUGCAGGGGAGGUUGUUUGGAGUCGAGGUCUGCUUAAGAGAGUUGGUAUAUGCCAUGGAAUCAGUGGGAACACCUACGUCUUCCUUUCACUGUACCGAUUAACCGGGGAUCAAAAGUAUCUACAUCGAGCAAAGGCUUUUCUGUGCUUUCUAUAUGACAGAGGUCAGAGACUGAUAUCAGAGGGCAAGAUGCACGGAGGUGAUCGUCCAUAUUCGCUCUUUGAGGGCAUUGGUGGAAUGGCUCACCUGUUUCUGGACGCGGUUGACCCAUCUCAAGCUAAGUUCCCUGCUUAUGAACUCUGAAGUGUGCUGUAAUGUGAUGCCAUGUUAUGAAAGGACUUAGCAUAUAGCAGCCGUAUGUAUAUACCGAGACCAAUGAAAGCUUUUGUCCUGU